AGGCGGAGGGGCGAGGCCUCCCGCUGCUCGCGCGCGCCUCCGAGGCUCUCGCUGUCGCGCCGGCCGGGCGUCUCUGUAAAGCCUUGGCCGCCAAUGGGGGAGGUGGAGCCCGUGCCCGCGGGCUCCCUGGAGCCCCCGGAGCCACCUGAAGCGGCGGCGCCUCGCCGGCCCGGAGGUAUUCGGGUCCUAAAGAGGAAUAUGAAACACAAUGGGAGCAGAAAUUGUUUGAAUAGAAGAAGUAGGUUUGGUUCUCGAGAAAGAGACUGGCUAAGAGAAGAUGUGAAGAGAGGCUGUGUUUACCUUUAUGGAGCGGACACAACCACUGCCACUACAACCACCACCUCCUCCUCCACCUCGUCCUCCUCCUCUGAUGUACAUCUUGUCCUUUGCACAGUGGAGACACCAGCGUCAGAAAUAUGUGCUGGAGAGGGAAGAGAAAGUCUCUAUCUACAGCUUCAUGGAGAUCUGGUCAGGAGACUGGAGCCCACUGAACGGCCUCUCCAGAUUGUUUACGAUUACUUAUCCAGGCUGGGGUUUGAAGAUCCCGUGCGCAUACAGGAGGAGGCUACGAACCCUGAUCUCAGCUGUAUGAUUCGAUUUUAUGGUGAAAAGCCAUGCCAGAUGGAUCAUCUGGACCGAAUCCUGCUGUCUGGCAUCUAUAACGUCCGCAAAGGGAAGACCCAGCUGCACAAAUGGGCUGAGCGCCUCGUUGUUCUCUGUGGCACCUGCCUUAUUGUCUCCUCAGUGAAGGAUUGUCAAACUGGAAAGAUGCACAUCUUGCCGCUGGUUGGGGGAAAGAUAGAAGAAGUGAAGCGCCGGCAACACUCCCUUGCUUUCAGCUCAGCCGGAGCCCAAGCUCAGACCUAUCAUGUCAGCUUCGAGACUUUGGCUGAGUACCAGAGAUGGCAGCGGCAGGCGUCUAAGGUGGUGUCCCAGAGGAUCAGCACCGUGGACCUCUCGUGUUACAGCCUUGAGGAGGUUCCUGAGCAUCUCUUCUACAGUCAAGACAUCACCUACCUCAACCUGCGACACAACUUCAUGCAGUUAGAAAGACCAGGGGGCCUUGACACACUCUACAAAUUUUCUCAACUGAAGGGCCUGAACUUGUCCCAUAAUAAGCUUGGACUGUUUCCUGUGUUGCUGUGUGAGAUUUCUACCCUGACUGAACUCAACCUUUCUUGUAAUGGAUUUCAUGACUUGCCAAGUCAGAUUGGUAAUCUGUUAAAUCUUCAGACCCUCUGCCUUGAUGGCAAUGUUCUCACAGCUCUACCAGAUGAAUUGGGAAACCUGCAGCAGCUUACUUCUCUGGGAAUUUCCUUCAACAAUUUUAGUCAAAUUCCUGAAGUUUUGGAGAAACUCACCAUGUUAGAUAAAGUGGUUAUGGCAGGAAACCAUUUGGAAAUCCUGAACCUAGGGGUGCUGACCAGGAUGAACCAUGUUAAGCAUGUGGAUCUAAGGAUGAACCACUUGAAAACGGUGAUUAUUGAAAAUCGAGGAAAUAAACACAUCACUCACAUGGAUUUGCGGGACAAUCAGUUGACUGAUUUGGACCUUAGCUCCUUAUGUAGCUUGGAGCAGCUGCAUUGUGAGCGGAACCAGUUGAGAGAGCUGACACUCAGUGGCUUCUCCCUUCGAACCCUCUACGCCAAUUGGAACAAGCUGACAGCAGUGAAUGUCUAUCCAGUACCAAGCCUGCUCACUUCUUUGGAACUCUCCCGAAACUUGCUAGAAUGUAUCCCUGACUGGGCCUGUGAAGCAAAAAAGCUAGAAAUACUAGAUAUAAGCCACAAUCUGCUUACAGAGGUUCCCAUGAGAAUUCUGAGUAGUCUGAGUCUUCGGAAACUGAUGGUAGGACACAACCACAUCCAUGUCCUUCCGGCACUGGUGGAGCACAUUCCCCUCGAGGUACUGGAUAUCCAGCAUAACACUCUGUCCAGGCUGCCGGACACACUGUUCUCCAAGGCCUUAAAUCUCAGGUACUUGAAUGCAUCCGCAAAUAGUCUGGAGUCUUUGCCUUCUGCGUGUGCUGGAGAGGAGAGCCUGAGUGUGCUGCAGCUGCUGUACCUGACCAACAACCUUCUGACAGACCAGUGCAUACCUGUUUUGGUCGGGCACCCACACCUGCGCGUUCUGCACCUUGCAAACAACCAGCUACAGACCUUUCCUGCAAGUAAACUAAACAAAUUGGAGCAACUGGAAGAACUGAAUCUAAGUGGGAACAAGCUUAAAGCUAUUCCCACAACCAUAGCAAACUGCAAAAGGCUGCACACCCUUGUCGCUCAUGCCAACAACAUCAGCAUUUUCCCAGAGAUCCUGCAGCUGCCUCAGAUUCAGUUUGUUGACCUGAGUUGCAAUGAUUUGACAGAAAUACUAAUUCCAGAGACUCUGCCUGCCACUUUACAAGACCUUGAUCUUACAGGAAAUACAAAUCUGGUUCUGGAACACAAGACUUUGGACAUGUUUAGCCAUAUCACAACACUGAAAAUUGAUCAGAAACCUUUACCGACCACAGAUUCUACAGUUACAUCAACCUUCUGGAGCCAUGGACUGGCUGAGAUGGCUGGGCAGAGGAAUAAACUCUGUGUGUCUGCUCUGGCUAUGGAUAACUUUGCAGAGGGCGUGGGGGCUGUGUACGGCAUGUUUGAUGGGGACAGGAAUGAGGAACUCCCCCGUCUGCUGCAGUGUACAAUGGCAGACGUGCUUUUGGAAGAGGUACAGCACUCAACAAGUGACACCGUUUUCAUGGCCAACACCUUCCUGGUGUCUCACAGGAAAUUAGGAAUGGCUGGCCAGAAGCUAGGUUCCUCUGCUCUCCUGUGCUAUAUUCGACCUGACACUGCCGACCCAACAAGUAGUUUUAGCUUGACUGUAGCCAAUGUUGGCACGUGCCAAGCUGUCCUGUGCCGAGGUGGAAAGCCAGUACCUCUUUCUAAAGUCUUCAGCUUGGAGCAUGACCCAGAGGAGGCACAGAGAGUGAAGGACCAGAAAGCUAUCAUAACAGAGGACAACAAGGUGAAUGGGGUUACCUGCUGCACCCGGAUGCUGGGAUGUACAUACCUCUACCCCUGGAUCCUCCCCAAGCCUCACAUAUCCUCUACUCCACUUACCAUUCAAGAUGAAUUGCUGAUUUUGGGAAACAAAGCACUGUGGGAACACUUGUCCUAUCUAGAAGCUGUCAGUGCAGUCCGUCAUGUGCAAGACCCAUUAGCUGCUGCUAAGAAGCUGUGCACAUUAGCACAGAGCUAUGGUUGUCAGGACAAUGUGGGGGCAAUGGUGGUUUAUUUGAACAUUGGUGAAGAAGGCUGUACCUGUGAAAUGCAUGGGCUUGCCCUUCCAGGCCCUGUGGGAUUUGCUUCAACAGCAACCAUCAAGGAUGCCCCCAAGCCAACCACUCCCUCCUCUAGCAGUGGGAUUGCCUCAGAGCUGAGCAGUGAGGUGUCGACCUCAGAGGUGAGCAGUGAGGUGGGCUCCACGGCGUCUGACGAGCACAACACUGUGGGCCUGGAGAUGAACUUGCUUCCCAGGCCUGAGAGGCGCUGUAGUCUGCACCCUGUGCCCUCUGCAGGCACUUUCCAGCGCCAGCCUUCUUGUGCUACCUUUUCCAGCAAUCAGUCUGACAAUGGACUGGACAGUGACGAUGACCAGCCUGUUGAAGGCGUCAUAACCAAUGGCAGCAGGGUUGAGGUAGAGGUAGACAUUCAUUGCUGCCGAGGCAGAGAGUCUGAGAACUCCCCUACUCUCCCGAAGAAUUCUUCCUACCCCUGUUCAGAGGAACAUGCUAGGGGGUUGGGUUUUGGGAUCCGAAGACAAAACAGUGUGAAUAGUGGUAUACUCCUGCCAGUGAACAAAGACAAGAUGGAGUUACAGAAGUCCCCCUCCACUUCCUGUUUGUAUGGAAAGAAACUCUCCAAUGGCUCCAUUGUGCCCCUAGAAGACAGCCUGAACCUCAUUGAGGUGGCCACAGAAGCACCCAAGAGGAAAACUGGCUAUUUUGCUGCCCCCACUCAGCUGGAACCAGAGGAUCAAUUUGUUGUCCCCCGUGACCUGGAAGACGAAGUGAAGGAGCAAAUGAAGCAGCACCAGGAGAGCAGGCCUGAGCCUGAACCCAGGGAAGAGGACCGGACAGAGCCCCUGGAGGAGUUUGAUACAGCACUGUGAUUGUACCUCGAGUGGACACAGCCUGAGGGAGGGCUGUGUGGUAUUGGGGAAGGGAUCUUCAGGAGAUGUUUGCCUCAGUGUUUCAAAUCAUAGAUGCGUGGAGUAGAAUUUGGAGCCAAAAAGUUGAGCACUAGCAGGGUCUGGCUCUUGAGCUCGUACCGUCAUCAGUGUUAAACUGCGUAUUGAACCUUCCUUGGAGUCCCAGAGUUGCUGGGAGACAUCAGAUGUUAUUCUGUGUCAGUCCUGCCACCUGCCAUUAACCCUUUCUCUCCUAGGAUCAUUUGAGAAAUUGCCUACCUGGGCAGGAAAGGGGUUAUUUCUGUGGAGGAAGUAACUGCAGGUUGAUUCCCUUUACUAAUUGCUGCUGACGGAUCUCUGUGACAAGAGAAAACACCUUAUCUCUCAGACUAACUAGUGGGGUGUGGUGUGACUAGUCACAUGGCUUUCCAUUCUCUAGGAGAAUACAGCCUAUCAAAUGAUGUCUACUGGAGAGACAGAGCCAAUCAAGCAGGUGAUUUACGUACGUACUGUUAUGUGAUAAGAGCACUUUUCAUUGACUGUGAACCUUUUAUUUUUGAAUCUGCACUCGGAGCCAAUCUUCUUAGAGGCAGCCCAGCUCCUUUGUCCCUAGGUAGAAGUAAUUGAGCAUUGGAGCCUCUUUGAGGGGACUUGGGAGGGUUCUGGAAAUUGAUCUGUUGGAUGUCAGACUGUGAAAGUUCCUGAAAAACUUGAGGUGGGAGGAUUUAUUCUGUGGAGAAAGAUGGGGAAGGAGUAAGAACUAAGGCUCCUUCCCUCAAGUCAAAAAGAGACUCAGCCCUGGAGAAGCUGACCCCUGCUAGGAACUAGGAUCACAAGGCAGGACUUGUAGAUUGGCCUCUUUUCCUAAAUGUGGUAGAAUUGGCAGCCAGCCUCUUGACAGACUGACACUGAAUUACAGCAAGUAAAUGCAACAGGAGACCAACUAGGAACACAUAUAUAGGCAGACAGAUCUCACAAGUUAGGCUUGCUCUUCUCUCUCUCUCUCUCUCUCUCUCUCUCUCUCUCUCUCUCUCUCUCUCUCUCUCUCUCUCUCUCUCUCUCUCAGGAUGUUUUCUAGAAUGUUGGUAGUGAGCUGAGGGCUCACCCUGCAUUGUUUGACACUGUGCCCUUGUGAAUACUGCUGAUUCCCCUGACAUGGUUCAAAGUGCUGGGCUCAACGCAGGGAAGAAAGACUGUUCAACUGGGAGUUGCUAAACUUACAGAAAACCUGUGAUUUUUUUUUCACAUUCCUCUUAACCCUAGCAAAUGACCACUUCUUGUAUAUUUCUGUUGCUUUUUCCAUUAGAUUACUUAGGGAGCUAAUUCUUAUUUAUUGAUAUAAAUUUUGGCAUUGCUUGAUUUUACUCAAUGGAAAAUUGUGCUUUGAAGUUUUAGAAUAUUGCACAACUAAAAAAAAUAGAUUGGAGAAAUUUUUAAUUUGCUUUGUAGAAACAAAUUGUUAAAUAUGAGAUUGAAAGUGUGUAUUAUUCCUUUGUGUUUGAAGAGAAAGUUUUUGUUUAAAGCAAUACUAAAAACCAGACAGAUAAUUCUGUCUUCAGAGGCCCUGUGCUCAUGUGCACACCUGGAGGUAGGGGAGGUGCUGGGGGGGGGGUGUGCUCUGUCCCUCCAGUAGCUGCCUGAUAUUCAGUCCUCUAGAAUCUGAAUGUGAACCCUCCAGUCGUCACGAACACUUGACUCCCUCUGUCAGUUACUGGAGAACGUUUCAACUCAGGUGUUUGAUUUGAGGUGAGGACACAGUAGCUUCUACAGAGUGUAGGUGUGCUAGAGAGAUGAGAAACUGUCUUGCUGCCUUGUUUUUCCACCUUAUUUUUAUAUGGGGAAUUGAAAAGGAAAGAAUGAAAAUGAGAAUGAAGGAAAAACACAAGGUGCCGAUGGAUGCUGGGGCAGCCUCCUCCUCAGCCGAGCCGUUGCACUGAACAGCGGUGGUGAUGAAGCCAGGUGUUUGAAGAAGUAGACUUCACUGGUGUGGUCUUAGAAAGGUUGUCCUUUUACAUGUGAACUGUUUCCUUGUCCUCUAUCUGUUUACCACCCCAUUCACUAAAGUCACCUCAAAACUCAGUUCUAGAAGGAUCUUGACAAACAGACAUACUUACCUCCUGGUUAGUGGAACUCUGGGACAAUGUCCUUUGUGAUGGUGUUUUCAGGAGUCCUUAGGUUAUGUUGAGAAAACUCAGUGUAGGCCAAACCAAAACUGAUGGUUCUGUUUUUGUAAUUGUCUCUUUCAUGUCCUAUUAUACUCUGUAUUAAAAAACAGGGUUAAAAGGCCAUAGUCCAUUUCCUAAAAUGUAAUGCGCACCUUGUAUCUGUGAGGUGGUCUGUUGGUGUUUUUAUCUGAAUAGACUGUCAGGUGAAUAUGACCCCUUCCCGUUACCCAGAGGGUAUAUUCUCCAGGUGGUCAGAGUGCAGGUUAUUUCUUACACAGAGAACCUACCCUCCCUCCAUAUGAUUCUUGACCUCUGCCCUCAUCUCCCAUUUAAUAAUUUAAACAAAUCUAAGGCCAGGUGUUGUGGCACAGUGGCAUACACCUGCAAAUUCGCACAUGGGAAGUUAAAGCAGGAGGAUCAGGAAUCGGGGAUAGCCUUGGCUACAGAGAGAGUUCAAAUCCAGUCUGGUAUACAUGAGUCCCAGCCUCAAAACCAAGUGCAGGGCGUCUGAAGGAAGAACUCUCGGCUGGUGCUGGUCAGGGGGCACCGGCAGAGUGUCUGUGCCCAGUCAAGGUGUUAACCCAGUGAACAGACAACUGAAAAUGACAGUGUUGAUAGGAAAUAAGGUUCUGGUGCCACCAUGGAGUCACGUCAUUGACCACUCCUGACCCAAGCGAGGCUUGAUUAUACUACUGUGGAGUCUACGCGUGCAAUAGUCAGUGGCCUCACUCCCCUGGUGGGCAGAGCCGCCUGAGCAGCUCGUGACCUCUGGGUGCUAUCACAGUGCGUUAACCAGUGCUGUUUUCCAGGCAGUUAGGCUGGGCUGAACUUCUGAAUAUCAAACAGUGCUCUUCUUUCUGUGUAGAUCUUCAGCAAAAGCAGGUACUUGGAAACCACAGGCUCUCCUUCUCUAUCUAUUCAAUAAUUAUUAAUGAAGAGACCUCCAUAAAGGAGCACUUGGCUGUUACUGAUAAAUGUACCAAUUACUAAAGAAUCUGUCUCCAAGCCAUCCGGUGAUGUCCGCAGCGUCACUGUGGAACUAACUGUCUUGUGUUACUUUUUACUUCCCUUUGGGUGGAGCCUUUUAGACCCCCAAGGCGGGCUAAUCUUUCCCUCCAGGUGGUGACUUAGCCCGUGGUUGGGCAAGCACUGCUAGGCCGAGGGAGCCAGCUGCAUCACAUCUGCUCUGUCCGUCAGUCAUUUGGGGAUCAGCCAAUCAGCACUCGCUCCUUAUGUCUGACUCUCGUGCACCUCUCCCAGACGCUGUCGGGUUUUCUCACUGUUGCCAGUGGACGUCAUCCAAACAGUGGGCUCAUAUCUUAUGGUUUUUGUGCAAUCAUUGUUGUAUCGUAGUCCUAAGACUCAUUAUAGUGUAUUUUUGAUAUUUUUGAAAUGUGUUAAAUUUUUUAAUUCAAUAAUAAGAGCCAGAGCAUGUUGCAGCAGAUCUAUUGUUUGUAAAAAAUAAUAAUAAACAAUAAAUAAAAUAAAAUGGGAUAUCUUUUCCAUGC